UCAUUCUCGAGGUCACAUGCUGGCUCGCGCAGCAGCUUGCCUCGCCAGCUGAGCAUCCGUUCAAUGUUCGGUGUACGCUCGAGCGGUGCGGUGCUGUGCGAGUGUUGCGUCCUGUCGUUGCCUGACUGCCCGAUAGUGGUGGUGUGACGGUCGUCGAUGCCUGCGUCUUCAGCACAGUGCGGAUAGACUCACACUUUCGCAGUGUUCGCUGACAAGGUAGGAUGUCUCCCGUGGCGCCCGCGGACGCUGUUUUCUCUCUACUCUUCGGGCUCGGGUGGGGAGAAGGAGAUCGUGGGAGGCUUCUUUUUUUCGCAGCCGCCUCUUUGGAAAAGAAAGAACGCGACCUGCGGUUCCUCGAGAGCGGGAGAGACAAGCAAACAAAGUAUAAUAAACCUUCUUGGUUGGCGAUGGGCGGGCGUGGGGUGUGGGGAGGGAAUGACGGAAAUAAAAGAAUUAAACGAAAGGAAGUGAACGGCGCAGCCCCUCUCAAUUCUUCCUGGAAAUCACUGCAGCAGCAGCAAGAACAACAUCGGCUCUGUAGGCAUCUCUCGGGUCACGCGGUGUUUUUCCACGGCGUCGGCUCUCCCUCCAGUGGCGUCGAGCGGUCUGCUGCGUAGGCUUCCCCCACGGCAACCCCCACAAGGUGUGUGCACACGCGUUGUGAUCUCUCGUGGAGUGAUGGUGGUGCACAUGGCCAGUGGGGGCCGUGGGGACACAGAAGCUGUGCUGCUGCCAUUCACCCACCAGGUGGGGGGACACAGCCGCAUGUUGCUGCUGGACCCGGGCACCCUGUGCAAGCCGCUCAUUCCAAGGGAGCUCCACUUUUACCUGCACGUGCCGCGCGAGAUGCGACCCUUCGUGCCCGCCUACAAGGGCGUCAUCCAGGUGCACCACGGGCACGCCAGCGAGGAUGAGGACGACGAGGACGACGAGUCAUGGUGCCCGGGGAAGCCCUCCAGUAGUGAAGCCUCGCAACUCAGGGUGCAAAUCUGCAGCUGCAACGAGGAACGCCUGCUGCUGCGUGAGUCUUCAUCUUGGAGUGGAAGUCAAUACUUGCUGUUGCUGGAGAAUGUUGUGUCACACUUCCGCCGGCCGUGCAUUCUGGACUUGAAGAUGGGCACGCGACAGCACGGUGACGAUGCCUCAGAGGAGAAACGCCAUCGCCAGAUGGCCAAGUGUGCCGCCAGCACCUCUGCUUCCUUGGGUGUCCGCAUCUGCGGCAUGCAGGUGUACCAGUCGGGCAGCUUCAUGUGCCGGGACAAGUACUACGGCCGGAGGCUGGACGACCGGGGCCUGCGCCACUGUCUGCGGCAGUUCUUCCACGACGGCUACAGGCUGCGUGCCGACCUGGCGGCGCUGGUCACGCAGCGACUACUUGGGCUGCGCCGUGCCGUUGAGCGCCAGAACUCAUUCCGUUUUUAUUCAUCCUCGCUGCUUGUGAUCUACGAAGGCUUUUCGCCAUCUUCUUCCUCGCACGAAGACGAUGAGGCCAGUCACUCCAGCAGUACAGCAGGGACUGCCGCUGAGUCUGAAGAGGACGACGCGCCGUCGCCACCACGUGUGGAUGUGCGAAUGAUCGACUUUGCACACACGACGCACGAGGGCUACGAGGGGGACACCACGCGACACUGUGGGCCAGAUGCGGGGUACCUGCUCGGACUAGACAAUCUUGUGCGGCUGCUGAGUGAGGUGCAGGCAUCGGCCGUCGACAUGUAGGUUGGAUGCCCCGUGCAUCGUGCUGUUUCGUUACAUGCCCGCCCACUGGGAAAAGCGGCGGUGUUACCGUGCCAGUGACUGGUUGUAUUUCGGGAUGCUGCAAGUGCGAGGCAGAGAAACUUGUAUAUACAUAACAGCCCUGCCAGUUUGUCGGCAAGGGGCCUUACCUCACUGCCAGCUUUCACAACUUCGACUGUGGACAGGCUGGGUGGAGACGCUGCUGAAUGUGCUUGGGACAACAACACGUGUAAAAAUACAUUUGUUUUCUUUACAUCUAUGUUGCUGUACGUCGUGGAUACUGUGGUGGCUGCACAGCUUGGGUUGUCAGAAAUGUUGUUCUGGCUACCAUCUCGUGGAUACAAGACGAUGUUGACAUCGAGCAUCUUUACUUUAUUGCUGCAGAUUUUUUUCUUUCUUUUUUACGAUGGCAGAAUUAUAAACUGAUAAAAGGCUGUAAUUGUUACUUGUUGUAGAGGAAAGAGGGAGGAGGGGAAGGGGAUUGCUGAGGUGUUUCCUCUUACACAAGCACUGCCCAAAUCCCACAGUUGUCUUUACCACACCUGAUGUUACCCCUCUGUUGGCCUUCUAAGUUCAGUCAUGCCCGGUGAUUUCAGCAAUCACUUUUUUUGCAUUGUGUUGACUUUCUUCCAGACCACAUGGCACAGAUGCUGGUAGCUUUGUGGUGAAAGUUGUUGUGGUUCUUUUGUUUUGGCGCUUAUAUUCGGUGGUCUAACCAGAUGCAUCAUGUGAUUGCAGCCCAGCGACAAGACCAGUUGCAUUGUCCUGUGCCUGGUGCAACAUCAAUGUAAAAAAAUAUUGCAGUAGGUGCUUGCUUGACCUGUACGUAUGUGGUACGUGGAAAUCGACAUUGUAUUCUGUAAUCAUUAGCUCUGCUUUAAGGAAGUCUAAAGGUUGCGGAUGCUUCCAACCCAAUGGGCACUUGUUGACUGUGCUCUUUACAACAUUUGGCUCAUUGUCUUGUGGUUAGCAGAUUAUAUGAAAAGAUGGUCUAUUUCUACAAAGUUCUAAGAUGUUAGGAGUUUCAGCAAGUGAGUUCCUUUCAGCCUAAAUAGCAGUGCUUAAUGAGCUGAGAGCAUGAAUCACUUCCUGUCUUGUUUUUUUUUUUUUUUUUUUUUCAUUUUUAUUGCCUGAAAAGAAAAAAAAAUUGGUAGCAAUAAGCGCUAUCCAAUUAAUGCAUCAAUUAAAGCACUAUCCGGUUGUGCAUCUGUGCAGUACUUUGUUGGUGUGGCAUAUAGCCUAACAUGUACUGCCGCUACUAUGGAGGGCGGAGUCAAUGUUCUGGUGCUAUCUGGUGAUCUAGGUAAACUACGUGCUCAUGUUGUCGAGUCAGUGAAUGUAGCAUGCAUUGGUUUUGUGUUAGUUCUUUUGUUAGGUACACACCGCUUGCAAGGUCACCGUUUUGGCUCUAUUUCUCUGGCCUCUUCAGGAUUACGUGACUGCACUUAGCAUGUGUACUGACAUAGUGUACUUUGGCUCGCUACUAGCACUGCCCUAAACCCAAGUGCAGCAAAGGGACUCAAGUGAUGGCCUUCUCCCAGCAACAGCUGCAGUCUUGCUCAAGCAGAAUGUGCAGCAGAACAUGUGCAGAAGUGGUGUGCUUACUCGGCUGUUUUUGAUUUUCUGGCGAAGCUACGUGAAGAGAAAGAAUUGUGAGCCACAACUCCUGCACCAUGCUCUGUCUGGCGUCCAAUUAGGCACUGCAGCACUGGUUUGAACAAAAGCGGCAUAUUGGCAGUGCACUUCCCUGCUGAUUGUCUCCUAUGCUAGGGGAUUGUACUUUGCCAAACGACCUUGCCAGUGGGGCCCUUUCCACCACGUUCUUUGAAUUGAAUAUUUUGCGCCUUUAUUAACUUAGCAUCAGUGAUUCAAGAUCUGUCACACCAGGGAAAAACAUUAAAGUCAAGACAACUUCUACAACUCGGUGUGCCAAAAAUGCGGUCCAAGUUGUCGUCAGAAAUCUCUGUGGCUCCCUCUUCCGAAUUGUUGUGGCCUUUGUUAAACUACGCCCUCAUCGUGUGUUACAUGAACACUGCACUACAAUGUUGCCUCUUUUAAAGACUGCAGCCCAAACUUGGGUCUUAUGACUUUAGUAUGUGACGCACUUUCACAGUGUUCACUUUGUAUGCAGCACCAGCCGAUUUCGAAACACUUGUGAAAUUAUGGAGCAUCAUAUUUUGCCUCGAAGACAUGCGUGUCGGUGCAACCUGGAUCUCACAUUACGACCGUUAAUUUUGAUCGCAUUAGUGAUCAGGGAAGUCAAAGUCAACAAAAGAGUGAUGGUGCACUAGUACUGGUUUGGGGAUGAAGUAGCAUGGGUUUUACAACAGCACUAGUUUUUCAAUCAAGGAGCGUGAGCAGUUUAAAUCUUUUGUCAUCGCUGUUGUUGUGGUUGCUAGUGGGUUUUUCGGUACACUGAUGCCUGCCAUUCAGCUGAUACACACUGAUGGUGUCUGUGAACUGCGCAAGUGAGAUGUAAUGGCAGCUUUACAAAAAGCGUUAGCAUUGUGCUGGUGCAAAUUACAAAAAUUGUUUACUUGCAAUCUCAAGGCCAGAUGUUGCUCAUUUAAUAUAUAUAUAUAUAUUUAUCGACCUGUUUUGUCUUUGUUUAGGGCCUCCACUGUGUGGAAACGUUUCUUUCUUUUUUCCGUGGCCGUGAACUGUUUGGUGUAUUGUGUGGAGUUUGGCAACUUUUCUUUUUUUUUGUGCGAGUUUAUUGCUAUCGUCUGUUAAUGUUGUUUACCUUUCUUUUCCUGGAUUUCGUAUUGAUGUGCUUGUUGCGAGGUGUAGUGUAUUCUCGUGCUGCAAAUUUUGUGUGUUCCUUUAUAUAGAGUGUUGUCAAUCGGAGAUGUGGAGUGUGGACAUUUUGGCCUCGCCUAAGCAAUAGUGCAGCACUGGAUUUUCGUCUUGAAAGGGGCAGACUGCCUGGACUAGAAACAUCACUUCUCCCAUGGACUGUGUCUUGCGUGCACGAUUGCCCACAGAUGGCGAUUGGAAGUUGCAAAAUGAUGAGCUGAACACUAUGCAUAACUCAUGUUGUGGUUGUAUCUCAUGAUAUAGUUUUAAACUAAAUUUGGGGAGACCUCGA